AUGGAGCAGUUAUGUAGGCGGAUGGACGAGCUCCAACGUAAGUUGGAAGCACGAGAAGGGUCCUCGGAGCCUCAGGAGGUGUUGACCUCCCCCUUCACCGACGAUGUCAUGGCGGAGCCGCUACCGAGGGAUUUCCGAUUCCCAACCAUCAAGGCUUAUACGGGGUCGGCCGACCCCCGGUCCCACCUCCACAAGUAUCGAGCCGCUAUCAUGAUGACAGGUGCGAGUGACGCCGUCAUGUGCCGGGGUUUUUUCGCAACCCUCGACGGCCAAGCGCAAGACUGGUUCACGUCGUUGCCCGAGAAAUCCAUCUCGACCUUUGCGGAUUUCUCGGUGAAAUUCUUGUCGUACUACGCCUGCAGCAUACCGAAGAAGAAGCAGUUUGCCAGUAUGUGCAAGUUAGAACAGGGGAGUACGGAGACAUUGACCGACUACCUCACCAGAUGGAAGAAGGAGGUGAGGUCGGUUGAAAACUUCGACAAGAAAGCAGCCAUACCGAUCUUUACCAGCAACGUCAGAUCAGGUCCUUUCCACCGCGACCUCGUCCAAAACCGUCCCAAGACAUACGCCGCGUUGCUGGACCGUGAGGCGAGGUUCGCGGAGGCGGAGGAGGCCGAAAGAAAGAAGAAGGAGGAGGAGCGAGGUCGGCGAGACAAGGCAAGAAAGAAGAAGGAGGAGGAGCGAGGUCGGCGAGACAAGGCACCCCAAGACGAACGCCGUGCGCCGAGGCCCCCACGCCAGGCCGGGCCGCGGCUGGCCCCGUUGCGCUACCUCACUCCCUUAACGGGGCCGCGGCUGGCCCCGUUGCGCUACCUCACUCCCUUAACGCAUCCGGUGAGUGCUAUCCUAGAGCACGCCGAGGUCAUGGGCAUCGUAUCAUACCUAGAAGAAUGUAUGAAGGUGUCACCCAAUGCGGACCCCAACAAAUAUUGCCGUUUCCACAGGCAGCAAGGACAUGACACGGACGAGUGCAUGGUUUUGAAGAGGCAGAUCGAGGAGCUCAUUCAGAGGGGCUACCUCGGUCAAUACGUUAAAAGGUCGGGGCAAGGCCGAUGCCCGGCCAAUGUGUGGAAAAAGAAGGGUGGUUCCGAGCCACCCGCCUCCGGGUCGCGCAAGAGGGAGCUCGACCGACUCACUAAGGAGGAGGAGAAGGAGUUGGACGAGCCCCACCCCCCAAAAAAACAGGUCAUCCAUGUCAUCUUUGGUGGUCUUGAAGGAGGAGACACACAAUCAGAAAGGAAGAAAUGGGCUCGGAACCUCUACGUAGGGGAGGUCGUCCGCCAACCGCAAGAGAAGAAGCAGAGGAGGGAACCUAUCAUCUUUAUAGAAGACGACCUCCCAGAUGGACCUCUACCCCACCGUGAUGCCUUGGUGAUCUCCUUGGACAUCAACAACACUAUCGUUCACCAGGUGUUGGUGGACACGGGGAGCUCCGUGAACGUCAUGUACUAUGACACGUUCACUAAGCUCGGCUUGACAAGGAAGCAGUUGGCACCGGUAAGAACCCCGCUGUCCGGGUUCACAGGAGACUCGAUCGAGACGGAGGGCUCCAUUAACCUUGAAGUGGAGAUAGGCAUCGCGCCACAUGUCAAGAGGUGGGAAGUCGAGUUCGUGGUCGUCAAGAUCGAAUGUGCCCACAACAUCAUUCUCGACCGACCCGCCUUGGAGGACCUCCGGAGCAUCAUAUCCAUGGAACACCUAUGUCUGAAGUUCCCUACCCCACCGGGGUCGGUGUGGCGAGGGGAGAUAAAUGGAGCAAAAGGGUUAGUGACACCUGUCCAUAUGUCAUCUUUGAUGAAGGUAAAUCCAAAUCUUAAUUGGUUCCCUACAACCUAA